GACUCGUAUGUCAGGUUAAAAGAUGGCGAUUCCCAUGUGUUGACUUGUGAUGCUACGUAUAAUGAUUUGUUUUACUCUAUAAAAGAAGCUUGAAACGGGGUUGUAUUUUGAAAACCAUAGUCAUGAGACAGCUGGCGAUCAAUUUUUCCCAACUGUAAACAUGGAGACUGAACAACUGCUAUAUCACCUGGCAGAGAUAGAGGAACUGGCUGAGGACAUCAUCUCCGACAAACAUCAGAUGGUGGAAUUAGAUAAGAAACGCCAGAAAACAAGGGAGGCUAUUAGGCUGUUAUCAAAAGAUAAGAAAUCACAGAAGACUUGGGUGUGCUUUGGAAACAUGUUUAUCAAGUUACCUAAGGAAGAUACCAAGAAGUUACUGGAAAAGGAUUUCAAUGGACUAGACACAGAGAUCGCUGAUGUGUCCAAAGGUCUGAAGCCAAAAGUGAACAAACUUAGAGACUUGGAGCACAAAGAAGAUGUCAAGGGUUUCGGCCUCAAUGCAAUGUCCAGGGAUGAGAUACAGGCUGUAGAAGCACUCUUGUGACAUCUACAUGUACACUGCAAUGAUAUACUCAAAACACUAUUGAGCUCUUCAGAUCUUCUGUGUGUUCUUCACGUUUCCUUAUAUUAUUUUAUUAAGCAAUAGGCAAAAAUGCCUUUGUGCAUUACAUAAUAACAAUCCACAUAGGUGGUACAGGUGGAGUGGAACAUGAACAUGGACAAAGAAAUAUAUUUUGUAAUUGGUAUAAUAAUAUAAUUAUAUACAGCGACAGGUUCUAAGAAUAUUGGACAAAUUCCUAAAAUACGACGGUAUGCCUCGGAUUCUUCAACAUUAAGAAGAACAUUAAAAGUGUAAAGGUAUAUACUACAUAAAAUGCUUGUGUGUUAGUGUUUCAUAGUUAUUAUGGAUACAGUAAUGGAUACUGUGAGAGCGAGCUUGAUGACAAGCAUUAUGAAAAAUAAAAAUCUUAUGUGAAAAGUAUAUAUAAAAAAACAAUAGGAAGAUUGCUGAUUUAAUUCGUAUUUGUCUUGCAUGGUGUUUCUAAUAUAUCAUUUUUAUAAUAAGAGUUAUAAAAAGACUACAUAUUUGUC